CUGAGAUGUCGAUUUUCGCAGUUGUUUACUCAAACCAUUCAGAUCGUUUUUCUCUGAAAAGUUCUGUUCAAUCUUGAAUAAUUGAAUAUCAGUUUUGAUUGCGAUGGAUCGCCGAAGGAAAGCAUGUCUUGCUAUAUUACUGGCUCUUGGUAAUAAUCCACCAAAAAAUCGUCGUUGCUGGGUGAAAGAAUGGUUCAAAAAACGAGAACAGUUAUCGCAUGUUGCACUUUUGAAUGAAAUCAGUUUGACAGAUGCUGAAGAUUUUAACAACUAUUUUCGAAUGGACGAAGCAACGUAUGACAGUCUACUAAACAUGGUCACUCCUUUCCUAAAACGGCAGGAUACAGUAAUGAGAAAAAGUAUAUCAGUGAACGAACGACUAGCAGUCACUCUUCGUUACUUGGCGACAGGCAGAACUUUCGAGGACUUGAAAUUUUCAGCACUUAUGUCCCCAGCGUCAAUAAGUGACGCUGUACUUGAAACCUGUGAGGUGCUAUCGUAUGUGCUCAGAGAUUACAUGGUGUUCCCGAACACAACCAACGAGUGGAAUAACAUUGCUGAUGGUUUUGGUAGACGGUACAAUUUGAGUAACUGUGUUGGCGCUAUCGAUGGAAAGCAUAUUGCUAUUCAGAAACCACCUCACUCAGGAUCUUUUUAUUUUAAUUAUAAAGGAUUCUAUAGCAUUGUUUUAAUGGCAAUCGUCAAUUCAAAAAAGGAAUUCAUUAUGAUCGACGUUGGAAUUAACGGAAGGGUAUCUGACGGAGGAGUACUAUUCUAUUCCAAGUUUGGGGAAUUGCUAGAAAAUAAUCAACUGAUGCUUCCAGAAUCAGCUCCCUUGCCCAAUACUAACGAGAACUUUCCAUACAUUUUUGUGGCUGAUGAGGCGUUCGCUUUGAAUGUCCAUAUGAUGAAGCCUUAUCCGCAGAAGCUACUGAAUGAUGAGCGGCAUGAGUACAACAGAAGAAUAUCCCGAGCCAGAGCACCCGUAGAAAAUGCGUUUGGUAUACUGAACAGCAGAUUCGGUAUUUUCCAGAAGGCUAUAAUGCUGGAUCCAGAAAAAGCGAUAACUAUAGUAACGGCAUGUUGUUAUUUACAUAACUUUCUGUCGAAAGAGACAAGUCAUUCUUCAUACCAGUCCAUUGAUAGAACACAAGAAACACUCGUUGACCUUAAAAGUACGUUGCGUCGAAACAGCUCCAAUGCGGCCAAGGAUAUUCGAGAACGAUUGUGCCGAUACUUCAAUAAUGAGGGAAAAAUCUAAUUCACUGUAUAUUCUAUAUAAAGAACACUUUUGAAAGAAUACAUCGAGCUGAUGAACGAACAUCGCUGUCCUGAAAUCCCUAUAAAUAUGUUGUUGCUCAAUUUAUUGCGCCAAUUAAAUAAAAAUGUUAAAUUGUUGCUUUUAGUUCAAUUGAGUUACUUUAUAAACAACUUCAACUUAUCAAACACGUAUUUUUUUAAAUCUAAAUAAAACAAAAUA